AUGCCUUUUUUUAAGUCAGGCAAUAAAAUUUGCAUUAAAAAUAAAAAGUUAGAUGGAAUUAACAAAUUAAAUGAAGAUUCUGAAUCAACAACCACUGAAAAUAAUAAUGAAGAUUUUAAUGACAACUAUGAUAGUACAAAUUUGCAAAAUUUAACAUCAGAACAACUAAAAAGUUCUAAUAAAAUUUGUAAAUUUUUAGAAAGUAAAAAGAAUAAAGAAUAUGGGAAUGCAUCUAAUAAUAUUAGUGAAAAUGAAGAUGACAAUAUAAAGAUAGAUUUAACUCAGCAUCCACAACUUUUAACAGUUAAAUAUGAUAUUACUCCCGAUAAGGUUAUUAUUAUAUACGAUGCUUCCAACAUAUAUUCAAUAGUUUAUAAUAAAAGUAAAUUUAAAUAUAAUGGUAUCACAUAUAUGUCAGUAGAUCAAAUGUAUCAACAUUACAAAUUAACACAAUUAUGUGGUAAGAAAAAGGAAGAAGAAUUUUUUACUCAUAAAUCAACUCGGUAUUACCGAUUGUUUGUUAAAAAAUGUCUUAUCACGUCUGGAAAAACAAAAAAUGACGUUAUAGAAUGGAGAAAAAAAAAUGGUUUACAAGUUAUUGUCAAAGCUACAUUAGAAAAAUUUAAACAAAAUGAAAAUCUUUUACGAGAAAUGAAAAAUGAUCGUGAUAAACUUAUUUUAAAUGCAUAUGGGGAAGAUAAAUAUGAUGCAUGUGGUCCAAUAAGUGAGUUACAUCAGUGGUUAAAUAGGAAUAAAUAUAGAAGUAUUUCUGUUCCGGUUUGUGAGGAACCAAUUAUUUUGGAUUACUAUCCAACAAUAAGUAAUGGAAAAAAUGUACAAGGAGUACUUACGAUAUUAAAAAAAGUUGUUGUUUUUUUAAUGAUUCAAUAA